AACGACGACUGCACUUGACCACACAGACACCCGGUCUCCGAAUGGACCCCCAAAAACCCGGCCGUGAAAGGGCCUCCCCUCAAGCGGCGCGGGCGUUCGGGCCUUCCACUCCGUCUCGAACAUCGCCAUGAAGCGGGUCCAAAGACGAAAGGCGGAGGAAGGACUGCGAAAGUUGUGCGAAACGGUCAGUGAAAGAACUGUUGCAGCUGUUUUGCUUCCCGAACUUGGACGUUCCGCAGAGAAGCUGCAAAAGGUCCUGACGAUCUUCCUCCAUCAAAAGCGUGGCGCUUUGGCCUUCGCCUUACUGGAGGCCUUGCGAUCGGGCCAGUUCCGUGUUCCCGUGAGCUUGGCCAACUACACCGCGGGCAUCUCCGCCUGUGCUCGCAGCAAGCUCUGGCAGCACGCCUUGAAGUUAUUUGAAGCCAUGCCCAAGGCCAAGCUGAAGCCGGAUGUCAUUAUCUACAACGCGACCAUCAGCGCCUGCGAAAAGGGCGGACAAUGGCAACAAGCUUUGGCCAUGUUUCAUGCGAUGCCACUGGCAAUGUCUCGUCCUGAUGUUUAUAGCUUUAGUGCGGCCAUCAGUGCCUGCGAAAAGGGCUGGCAAUGGCAGCAGGCACUGUUGAUGUUUCAUACAAUGCCGGAGGCCAUUGUGCAGCCAAAUGUUUUCAGCUGCAGCGCUACGAUCAGUGCAUGUGAGAAGGGCGGAGAAUGGCAACAAGCGUUGAAGCUGUUCAUGGCGAUGCCCAAGGCGAAAGUUCAGCCGAACGUGAUUUGCUACAAUGCUGCCAUCAGUGCUUGUGAAAAAGGCGGGCAGUGGCAGCAAGCGUUGAAGCUGUUUGAGGCCAUGGCAAAUGCAAAAGUGCAAGCAAACGAUGUAAGCUACAGUGCUGUAAUCACUUCUUGCGCCAAACAAGGUCAAUGGUGGCAAGCGGUGUCGUUACUUGAGGCCAUGGAUCAAGCGAAAGUUCAGCCCAGCGUCUUUUGUUACAGUGCUGCCAUCACUUCCUUUGAGAAGAGUGGUCAAUGGCAGAAAGCUUUGAGGUUGCUUGAAGCUAUGCCUAAGGCCACAGUUCGGCCAGAUGUUGUUACCUACAAUGCCUGUAUCAGUGCCUGUGAAAAAGGAGACCAAUGGCAAGAAGCCCUAGCUCUUCUUCAGGUCAUGCGGGGGGCGAGAAUAGAGCCCAAGGUCAUUAGCUACAACGCAGCCAUUAGCGCUUGUCAGAAAUCUGGUCAGUGGCAGAAAGCACUGGUCUUGUUUGAUUCAAUGCCCCAGAAUCAGAUUCACCGCAAUGUCAUCACAUACAACGCCACCAUGAGCGCCUGUAGCAAACGUGGGGAAAGCGCUUGGAUGCAAGUGUUGAAGCUCUUGGAGGGCAUGAGGUUCGCCAACCUUCAGCCGGACUCCAUCAGCUACAGCGUUAGCAUCAAGACCUGUGAGACAACGAAACGGUGGCACGAAGCGUUGACGCUGUACCGGGCCAUGUUGGAGGCGAAGAUUGAAUGGAGAUGAAAGAGACCGAGAAACACGGAGGUUUGCUGCUACAGCAGUUGUGGGUGUGUAUGGAUUUUUGAGGUGUAGCUCCCAAGCCAGCGUUACUUUUUUUGUUUGUGAAAAAUGGAACUGUGAGGUCUCCCGAGAGGUCUCCCUCUUCUCUGUAAGACCAAGCACCAAAUAAGUGCUGUCAUCUCGCUUUUUCCAACACACACCGAGAAACUCGACCAAGGGAAUCCAAGGAUGGCAUGUCCAACCUCGGACGUUCGAUCAUGCACGUCCUGCGAUCUGCAUGUUCAGAUCGCGUUUUUGGGGACCCUUGGCCACGGAGCAAGCUUCUGCGAUCUGUGGGAUUGGUGGGAAGGAGCCAACCCUUCCGAGACCUGGGAGCCUCCGAAACCCAGCUUCUUAGACCCUUCCCACACAGCAAGAUCGUUCAACACCCAACCAGGUGUCACACGCCCCCCUGGUGGCGGGUGAAAGCCGGGGGUUUGCGUGGCUGGUGGUUGUUUGUUCAGUUCGUGCGCUCCGCGCGCACCCAACCAAAGGGACAAAGAAGCCCAUUUGGUUGUGAAGAGAUUUUGAUUGAGCGGCGAUCGUUUGUUCGAUCGAAGGCAUUGAACCCUUUAAGAUUCUUGAAGAACGUUUGAAAGUUUGUCAGAAAUUCUGACCAAAGCUUUGGGGGUUACAAGUGCCAGUCAGAGCUUGCCUUGACUGACUUUCUUCAACCAAAUUGCCUACGAAGUCCCAUGCUUUCACUGACGCGGCCAGUGCGGACGCAGAAUGACCCCAUUCUUCAUCCGGUCUGGCUGCGUGAGUGCACGCAGAAUAGGACACGCAUGUUCUGAACUGGCAGAGGCUUGUCUUGCAAUUAUGUCGAUCCAUAGAUCUAUAACUUGGGUUUGUCCUGUUACC